AUGUUCUAUAAAUUCUAUUUUAACAUUUAUGUGUGGAUUUCUAUAUUAAUGUGUAUGGCAGAUAACAGAGAUGACGUCGUUUUCAACGACCCUAACAUACUGGUCAUGAAAGACAUCGAUGCGAUCUGCUCUCAUUCUAUAGGUAAAUUUCAGGACUUCACUCACCUUACAAUGUGUACAGAUAGAGGAGAUGUUGCAAACGUUCUUGAGAUAUGUAAAAGGGGAUUAGUUGAUGUUUUUUCCUAUGAUUCAAAAUGGUCGAAAAUUUGCAAAAAUGUCGAUAUUUACAACAUACCAAAAUUUGUGAAUAAAAAGGGGAGCUAUACAGUAUUGCACAAGAGGAUUUUCAAGGAUGUUAGCGGAAAUGUUAGAUUUAACGUCGAUUUCGAAUGCCUGGGAGAUGAAAUAAAAAGACAAUCGCAAAACCUAUUUGAUAUUCUGCAACAUAAGGAAUUGGGUGGAUAUGUAUCUUUGAAUUUGAUAGGGAAAGAAUAUGAAGCAAAAUACUGUUGGACUAUAGGUAGAAGCUAUAAAAAGGAUAACAACGUUAGCCUUUCCGAGCUAAAGAACCUAGAGCCUAAAAGAAUAAAAUAUAAAACAGUUCAAUGUCAUACAAACGGAUCGAUUCAACCAGAUGAUUAUAAUGAUAUUUUUUACCCUGGAGAUGUUAUACCUUCCAAGUCCGACUAA